AUGCAGGCCAGCAGAGUUAUCACUCGCAACUUCUCGCCAAGUUUGAAUCGGGGCCGAAAACAACUCCGUGUUGUUAAUGCUACACCUCCUCACCCAGCCUUUGCUACACACAAUCCAUCUACUGAUUCCGACCAACUUGCCUACCGGCUGUGUGAACUCUCCCUACAAAAGAUACAGAAGCAGGCGCGGGCGGGCGAGCCUGAUAUCAGACAUGUACUCGCAUGUACGUCUAUGCAGCGACUUGCACAACAAGACCUUCUCCAUCGCCUCGACACACUACAAAGUGCAAUGGAUAUACCGCUUAUGCCUUUGCUCCCGGGCGCAGAUGAACCCUUGAUCGACGACGACGACGAGUUAGACCUCAAAUCACUUCAAAUUGCUGUCUCCGAACUGGAGACAGCAAGCAGAAGAGGUGAGCUAGCUCGGUAUAUUUGCUUUCAACAAAUAAAAGAUAUGUGA